AACCCCUCCGACAACACCACACACCCAGCGAGCCGCCAUCAUGUCGGAAUCUCAGGUGACCCUGCGCACGCGCAAGUUCAUCCGCAACCCACUGCUUGGCCGCAAGCAGAUGGUCGUUGACGUCCUCCACCCAAACCGUGCCAACGUGUCCAAGGACGAGCUCCGCGAGAAGCUCGCCGGUCUCUACAAGACCAACAAGGACCAAGUCUCCGUCUUUGGCUUUCGCACUCAGUUCGGUGGCGGCAAGAGCACUGGUUUCGCCCUCCUCUACGACUCCCCAGAGGCCAUCAAGAAGUUCGAGCCACACUACAGACUGGUCCGCUACGGCCAGGCCAACAAGAUUGAGAAGGCUAGCAGACAACAGCGCAAGCAACGCAAGAACCGCAGCAAGGAGUUCCGUGGUACUGCCAAGACCAAGGGCCCAGGAAAGGACAAGAAGAAAUAAGCGAUUCGCAUCUGCAUUACGACACGAAAAGGCAGGGUUGGUGCAAUGGGCUCGGCUGUGCUUCGCUUACUACUUGCUACUGCUGCAUGGUGCAGCAUGCUUUCUGGCGGCAUGUUCUGGUGUUGAAGAAGCACUGGCUUGGCGUUCCUGCUGAGGAUGUAGACACAGCAACCAAUGAAAGAUUCUGUCACCAACUG